AUGGCUACUCACAAAGAUUCUCCAAGCCUUGAGCGAACGAGCAACAAGAUGAUGAUCGAUCCUUUUGAGGUGCGCAUGCGCUUCACAACACAGCUGCAGCACCUGAGCGCAGCUGUCACCCCUGCCCAAAAGGCCGCUCAUUAUGCACUCAAGUAUCGCGACCUUGAUGAGGACCUCCACUCAUGCAUCCUGGAGCAGCUCGAACGAAACAACAUGAACAACCGGGCCAACAUUAUGUAUUUCAUCGAACAUCUCUGCGAAAUGGCCAUCAAAGAAAACCACCCUCCAUACGUGCGCAUGAUGCAACGCGAUAUUCUUCGUGUGGUGGACUCGGUCGUUCCUCCAGAUGGCACCGGCGCGGCCAAUGUCAAGCAUGUCCGUCAUGUAUUAAAUGGUCUCCAGGCCAAGGGGGUUCUCGGGACCGAGACCGUGGCCGAAAUCGACGCCGCUUUGAAAGACCGUGAAUCAGACCCCUCGCACAUGGAUCUCGAACACGAGGGAGGCACCGAGGAUGGUAGCAAACCCAAGCCUGAAAAGCCACAGCUGCGCCUUGAUAGGAAGCAGAUCGAACAACGCAUCGAGGAGGAUCGUGAGCGCAACAAGCGGCUGCGUGAGAGCAUGUGGGCCAUGACUGGUAGCGACCGUGACGAAUAUAACCAAAUGUGGGACGAGCUUAGUCCAAUUGGUGAGGAUGACUUCAUUCGAUCGCGGGAGGAGGCGAUUGAACGCGCCGAGUGUGCUCGCAAGCACGUGGAAUUUUACAAGAACCUUUAUGGCAUCAAAGAUUAA